AUGGCCAGCGAAGAAGAUCAAAUGGCAAACGAUGCAACAAUUGCGAAUACAGACGAUGAAAAUCAAAUCGAAACAUUUGAAAAUGGCCCAGAAGAGCAAUACACCCUAGAAGAUGACGAUUCUGAACCAGAUGAACCUUUAAUGGGUUCAUCUGCGGAUGAUCCGGAAAGGGCACGAAAUUACAAGGAAUACAAGCGACUGCAAAAAGAGAUUCACUGUCAGAAUGUCACAAUCGAAGAUAUUAAAAAUGAGAUACGAAAAUUACAAUGCAAAAAAUCGAUGACGAAGACGGAGAGUCGCCUCUCCCCGGAGGAGAAGAAACAAUUGUGCGCUCUUAAAGAGUGCAUGGAGAGGGAAACCCUUAAGUUGCGUGACCUAACAAACAGGGCAAUGCAUUUACAAAAUUAUGGCUCCCAUCGACAUUAUCGGGAAAUUGAAUUGGUGACGACAUUCGAUGAGGAACCCAUGUUGUCCAUGCCAAUGCAUUGCUGUGAUGCAAUGCAGGAGGAGUCACGCCCACAAACAUGCAGUGUUAAACGUGAGCCACCAGUAUGCCGGCGUUGGCGUGCUUCGGGGGGUGAUACAACAACAAGUGAAAAAUCCUGUUCAUAUGAAGAUGAUGCGGAUCGUUGUGAAUCCGAAGAUCAAAAGCUGAUGAAUGAAAUUCUAGCCACCCUACAGAGUUACAACAGUUGUUCGAAUGCAAAACCUAAACAUAAACCACCGUGUAAAACAAAAUCGAAUCUCAAGGAUACAAAUGAUAUGGAUGUUCUGAAAGAGAAAUUGAAAACCAUGCAGGCAACAAUGGAUAGCCUAAAGGAGGAAAUUUGCCAACAUCGUAACGGGAAUAAAUCAUCGAAGAAGGGAUGCUGUACAAAAACACCAUGUCAAUCGCCAAGAAGUCAAAAUUUCGACAACCUCAAGGAUAGGUAUGCCUAUCUGCUGCAGGAGUUUGGUAAAAAGGAAAAGGAAUUGAACGAGUUGACAAAGAGAGUCAAAAAUUCCUGUGGCUCCGCAGGUGAAAAUGCCGAUUCAUCGGAAAUUCAUUUGUUAACCAAACGCAUUAACGACUUGAAGGAAGAACAAAUCGAAUUCAAAUGUCUAAUGAAGGAACAAUCCGUGCAAUUAGAUGAUUAUCGCAAUAAAUAUUUGAAGGCCCAGCAGAAGGUCGAAGAGCAGGGGGCACUGAUAGAAAAACUCAAUAUGAACAAUAAGCGUAUUGAAAAACAAAUCAAUUUAGAAAUUAAGGAUAUACGCUGUAAAUUUCAAGAGAAAUUGAAUGAGUUGGUGAAAUUUCCAAAACUGCUGGAAAAUGAACAGAUCAAAGUGGCAAAGCUGUGCAAAGAAAAGGAGGAGUUGGAAAGUAAACUGUUAAUUGUGUGCAAGGAGUUAAAGGCACACAAGAAUAAAUCUCAUACCUCUGGUACUGGACCAGUUGAAGAUUGCCGACCCCAGUUAGAAAAAUGUCAACAGGAAUUGGAAAAAUCAAAAAAAUCUCUCGAAGAAAUUCAACGUCAACGCGAUCUCUUCUGUGAGAGAUUGAAUGUUGCCCAGGAAGAUUUAAAUUGUUUGCGUACAGAAUCGGCUAAAAUUAUAGCACGUAUGACGGAACGUUUUGAAUUGAUAAAACAACAGCAACAACAUCACAUCGAUUGUGUGGAAAAACAAUUGGCCCAAUGUCGAGCCAAGGCUAGCAUAUCCGUUAACGAUCGUGAAUGUGUUAUACGUGAAAUGCAGGGCCAACUGAAUAGUUUAUCGUAUAGUUUUGAUGCAGCCCAAAAACAAAUUAAAACUCUACGUAACCACAUUGCCUAUAUGUCCAAUGAAAAUUGCUUUCCCACAAAAUGUUAAA